AUGUUUUCACGUUCAGUGAAGGGAGCUCCUAAUUUAGACUAUUUCACACCGAGACAGCCAGUCAUUGGCAGCUUUAUCAGAUACAAGAAUAAUUUAGAAACUGAAAAUGAACCUCCAGCUCUAUUUAAGCCUUUGAAAAUUAGAUCGUUAGUCAUACCGAAUAGAAUUGCAGUGGCACCUAUGUGUUUAUAUUCGGCGGAUAACUUCAAACCUACCGAUUUUCAUCAGGUCCAUUACGGGUCUUUGGCAAGUCGAGGGCCAGGCUUAAUCAUUGUAGAAUGUGCCGCCGUGGAGAAAAAUGGUAGAAUUACAAUGAAUGAUCUGGGUUUGUGGACGGAGGAUCAAGCAAUUAAGCAUCGUGAAAAGAUUGUAAAUUUUGCACAUUCCCAAAAUUCAAUAAUUGGUAUUCAACUAGGACAAUAUAAUGUUUCUUAUGAAACCGGGCAGAGUGAAGUCAUAAGAGAACCACAUAAUUUAUCUUCUGCGGAGAUCAAGCAAAUGAUAAAGCAAUGGGGUGAUGCAUCAGAACUUGCAAUAAAAACGGCAGGUUAUGAUUUUAUUGAAAUUCAAGCUACGCACGGACAUAUGCCCGAUACGUUUUGUUCGUCUUUAUUAAACAAGAGAAACGAUGAAUAUGGGGGGUCUUUUGAGAAUAGAACUAGAUUUUUGAUUAAAGUUGUCGAUGAGAUUAGAAGUAGAGUACCAGCGGAAGUACCCAUCUUUGUCAGACUUCCUGACUGUGAGAAAUCAGAAAGCGCUGCAGCAUGGAAGCAACCGGACACAAUCAAAUUAACUCUUGCUUUGGGGCAACAUGGCAUUGAUGUAUGUGACUUUGUAUGUGUCAAUAAAGGAGAUCUAAACCUGCAGGGGUAUUGUAUCAAAAGAGAAUUCUUUACUAAAUUGAAAGAAGCACAUGCAGGAAAGUCAAAUGUCAUUUUUGCCUCUAUUGACAAGAUAUCAUCUGCUUCACAUGCCGAAGAAAUAUUGAAGUCGGGAUUACAGGACAUGGUUUUAAUUGGUACUCCAUUUUUGAAAAACCCAGGAUUGGUUACCCAAUUUGCUGCUGAGCUCAAUAUAUGUAUUGAGGAGGCCGUGCAAUAUUCUUGGGGAUUCUACCCGUCUGAGAAACAUUUAGCUUCAAAAUGA